GCUUUUGAUUUUGCUGGCUUGGCGGAGGAGACGGUGCCAAGGAGGAGAGAAGAAACACAGUUAGGCGGCAAGCGUCACCGCCGUGAACAAAACAUCUCAGGUUUAGCUGAAGGAAUUCGCCGGCGUGUUUUGGGUGGAGCAAGGAAAUAAGAGAACGAAAGAGAUGGGGAAUCCGAAACAAAAAUGGACGGCGGAGGAGGAAGAAGCUCUGCGGGCUGGGGUAGCCAAACACGGCACGGGCAAGUGGAAGAACAUUCAGCAGGACCCGGAGUUCAAUCCCCACCUCUCCACUCGCUCCAACAUCGAUCUCAAGGACAAAUGGCGGAAUAUGAGCGUUGGCUCCGGCGAGAAAUCCCGGACGCCGAAGCCCAAAUUCGCCGCCGCCGAUGCUUCUGUGGCCGCAGCAGUGCCAAUGCCCAUUGCUCAAGCUCCCGCUCCCACCCCAGCUGCUGCUUCAGCUCCAGCUCCAGCUCCUGCUGCUGUUGCGAUUGCGCCUACCUCGACCGAUGUAACAAUGGAGGAUACCAAGCCUGUGAUUAUGUUUGGUACUGAGGUGAAAAUUGCUUCCAAGUAUGAUCCAAUGAUAUUUGAAGCAAUUACGGCCUUGACUCGAGUCGAGACAAAUGUUGUUGAUAUCAGUGCAAUUAUCAGCUUCAUUGAGCAAAGGCAAGAAUUGCCACAAAAUGGUAGGAAGCAAGUAACUUCAAGGUUGAGACGCUUGGUUCAAAAGGAAAAACUUGAAAAGAUUCAGAAUUCGUAUAGGUUCAAGGAAAGCGACCCAACCACUGUUACAAAUGCACCUCCCGUCACACAAGCAUCUUCUCCGAAGAAGGAAGUCAAACCUAUACCGUUGAAGAGCACUGAUUUGGUUACCUCGGAUGAAACCGUGGAAGAAGCAGCAGUUUCUGCUGCAUACAGAAUCGCCGAAGCAGAGAACAAAUCCUUUGUGGCCGCUGAAGCUGUGAAGGAAGUGGAAAGGAUUUUGGAAUUCGCUGAAGAAUCGGAAUCAAAUUUGCAACUCGCCAAUCAGAUAUUUGAAAAAUGUAAGCAGAACACUUUUGUUGGUUUUGUUUAUGAUUACUAUUUUCUUCUCGGUUUCAUUGUCUGCCAACCUUGAGUCUCAAGUAAGCAAAGCAAAGCAAAGCUCUAAAAUACAGGCUCUCUUGACAUGGCAGGUUCGCAGGGGGAGACUGUAAUGUUGUCAUGAGAUGUUGGUCGAGAGUCAAUCGAGGGGGCGAAGCUGAGCAUUCUCGUACUAAGGUGCACUGUAAAUACUGUGUGUCAUUUCAGUAGGCGCUCAUCAGGGCUAAAUUUUGUGAUCGGCUCGCUAGUCUAGUGUAUAGUAUACGUAUGGUGAUGUAUUCUUUCCCCCCCCAUAGAAUUCUGCUGUUUAUGCAGCAAACCAUUUGAUUAAGCUUCCUGAAGUUAGGAUCCGAACCAAGCGAAUCAGUCCCUUACUGCAUUGUCGUUGAGCUGCAGUCGAGUUUUUCCGGAAUCGAAUCAAUUAAUUGAGCAUUACAUAUCUUGUUCAUAUAUAGGCUAACUGAGAGCGAGUGGGGCUCUAAUCGAAAUGUAGUGUCAGUUCAAAUAUGUAACGGUUUGUUGAUUUGGAAA